CAUUGAUCUGCGGAGAACCCAUUUCCCAGUUCAUUUUCAUGAGCGUCCGUGCAUCUGCUAGGACUUCUGCAUCGUUCCCAUUGAUUCGGUUUUGUGUCACAAGUCUUGCUUACCACGGCCUCGUCGGUAUGGUAGCUGCCCGGUCCUCAUCCCAGUGGGUCGCGGCCGCGUCCACCGGUAGGUACAAGGACGUCUGGAUACUCCGUCACGGCCAAGCCACGCACAAUCCUCGCGCCGAAGCCGCCAAAGACGAAGGAUGCUCGCACGAAACAUUCCUGGAAUUGAUGCGCCAGGACGAUUCCCUCGACAGUGCCCUCACGGCGAUUGGACAACAACAGGCCCGGGAUGUUUGGAACGCGCACCGCACGAGUCCCUGGCCACACCGGAUUCAGCUCGUAGUAAGCAGUCCCUUGUCUCGUGCUAUGCAAACGGCGGAUUUCGCCUUGCCACCGAAUACUUACGGUGACGAACGUCCGCAUCUUCGUGUCUUGCACGAGUCCUUUCGCGAAAUCAACGGGUGGUUGUUGAACGCCAAGCGUCGGAGCGUUUCGGAAAUUCAACGCACGUUUCCGCAUUGGGAUGUGGAGCACUUGCACCCGCACGAAGAAGAUUCGUUUUGGACACCCGAUUUGGAAACCCAUCGGGCCUGUAGCGAGCGUGGUUACCAAGGGUUGGGGUGGUUGUUGUCGCGCCCCGAAGACCGAAUACUGUUGGUUACGCACGGUGGGAUCUUGCGC